GUUCACGACAUCACUCGGCUCCUUCUUCUACUUCUUGCAAGUUCGUCGACAUCUUGGCUCUGCUGCGGUACUAAAGGCUGCUGGCCCGUGGAUCCGCCUCUUAUCAUCACCUCCAUACACACAGACCGACAUCGACCGAGAGCACACGAGUCCAAUACGAUGGAUCUUUGCAGCUGAACAUCGCCGUGUCCUACGAUGCGAACCCUUGUCACGUCUCAAGAGUGUCAUUGGCGGAAGAGUCGCCUCGACUUCCCUUUCCCUCAGUUAUUGAAUAGCGGGAACAUCCCUCCAGCACGAUGUUCGAAAAAGACAUAUACCAGCUCAUUCGCGGGCUGCGCGCGCACAAAGGCAACGAGCGCGAGUACAUCCAGGACAGUCUGAAAGAAUGCCGGAAAGAGAUCCGCGGGGCCGACAUGGAUCAGAAGGCCACGGCCUUGCUGAAGCUGGUCUACCUCGAGAUGUUUGGGCACGACAUGUCCUGGGCAUCGUUCAACGUGCUCGAGGUCAUGUCCUCUCCCAAGUACCUGCAAAAGCGCGUGGGAUAUCUGGCGGCGGUGCAGAGUUUCCGCUCCGAUACCGAGGUCUUGAUGCUGGCGGGGAAUCUGUUGAAGAAGGAUCUCAACUCGCCCGACAAGAUCAUCAUGGCUCUUCCACUCAUAACCAUCCCGCAUGUCAUCAAUGCCUCCAUGGCUAACUCGCUGCUCGGGGACCUCGUCAUCCGCUUGUCUCACUCCAACCCCGCCAUCCGCAAGAAGACCAUUGUCACGCUCUAUCGCCUGGCUCUAGUAUACCCCGAGACCCUUCGGCCUGCGUGGCCUAAGAUCAAAGAACGACUCCAGGACGAAAACGAAGAUCCAAGCGUGACGGCAGCUAUUGUCAAUGUUAUCUGCGAGCUAGGCUGGAGAAGGCCACAAGACUUCCUUCCGCUAGCACCCCGACUAUUUGAGCUGCUCACAUCAAACACCAACAACUGGAUGGCGAUCAAAAUUAUCAAACUCUUCUCCACCCUGCUGCCUCUCGAACCACGCUUGGCCAAGAAGCUGCUCCCUCCUCUCACAAACAUCAUCAAGACCACCCCGGCGAUGAGUCUGCUCUACGAAUGUGUUAAUGGCAUGAUUCAAGGAGGCAUGCUGGACGCCGUCGAGGGCACCACCGAAGGCGACGAGAUUGCGAGACUCUGUGUCAGCAAACUCCGUGCUAUGCUUGUAGUUGAAGGCGAUCCCAACUUGCGAUAUGUGGCUCUACUGGCCUUUGCUCGAAUCACAACCUCCCACGCUGAUCUCGUUUCGGAGCAUCGGGAUGUCAUCUUGGAGUGCAUUGAUGAUCCUGACAUCUCCAUCCGAAUCCGAGCUCUGGAUUUGGUGGUGGGAAUGGUCGACGCCAACUCCCUGCAGACGGUAGUUGAACGAUUACUCAGACAGCUGCGGACCUCCGGACGCGCGACUGCAGCUGACGAACCCAGCAAUGAUCGCGGCACGCACGACGGCAUCGUCCCUCGCGCCGACGACGAUGACGAGGCCCUGACCACCAUUCACCCACGAGAAGCAAAGUCUACCCAACCGCCUCCCUUGCCCGAUGAUUACCGCACGGGCGUCAUCGAGCGCAUCCUGAGCAUGUGUUCAAAAGACACUUAUGCGAACAUGACCGAUUUCGAAUGGUAUGUCACGGUGCUGGUGGAGCUCGUUAAGCAAUGUCCCGCUGUGAGCGCUGCCGAUGUCUCUGGCGGCGCAGCAAAAAGCCGCCCGAGCGCGGCAGACGCCAUCGGCGACGAACUUGUCAACGUAGCUGUUCGUGUCAAGGCAGUGCGACCCGAAGCAGCGUCGGCAGCGCAGUCGUUGCUCGUCCUCGAGAGCCGCGAGCAUCUUUUCCCCGCUUCUGCUGGUGGAGGGCAUGGGGUCUUGGGAUCGUCUGCCUUCGUCGCUGGUGAAUUUGCAGGCCUGCUGCCGAGUCCGGAAGCGGUGCUCACAUCCCUCAUUCACCCUUCGAACGCUCAACUGCCCGCUGCGGUGCUCCUGAGCUACCUCCAGGCCAUUCCGAAACUCUUUUCCCAACUUACUGGCAAUCAACAAGGUCUGUGGAACCAGUCGCACGCGUCACAUUGUACACUAGUGAUUGCGCGCAUUGUCCAUUUUCUCGAACCCCUGGCUAUUCACCCUAAUCUGGAGGUCCAAGAAAGAGCGGUGGAGUUCCUCGACUUGAUGCGCCUGACCUCCGAGGCCGUGUCAAGUCAGCCGCUUGAUGAUGAGGACAACGCGACACCACGCUUGCUCUCCCAAGCUAUCCCGUCGCUCUUUUCCGGCGUGGAGCUGAACCCCGUUGCUCCCUCGGCCUUACUCAAAGUGCAGCCGCCCGAAGGCCUGGAUCUCGACGCGCCGAUCAACGCGAACCUCAAUAUGAUCCUCCAACAAGCCGACUUGGACUCGGAGUAUGUGGAGACGGACAACGAAGUCUACAAAUUCUACCAUGAAAAGCCAAGCGCCGUGGCAUUCGAUCCUCACCGACCAGCUGCCGAGCUGUUGGAUCCAGCAGGCACCGGGAGCAGUCGCUCAUCCUCCUAUCAAGACGCAGAAGCAGACUCGAACCCGGAGAGUCUCGAACGAAAGAAGCUGAUGAGGCGAGAGCGCAACAAGGACGACCCGUACUACAUCGAUCCCGACCGCGCAUCGAACAGCAGUACUCCGCUGCACAACAUCCUCCGUUCAAAUAACGGGGACGCGCUGGACGUGGAUUCCAUCCCCGUCAUGGAGCUCAACAUGGAUGCUAGCAAUGGACACAACGUCCCCGCUCCUCCGACCAGUGAUCGGAAACCGGUCCGCAAGGCUCAACGGCGCUUCGAAGUUGCCGCGGACGAGACGCUCGGCGGGGACAACGACGCUCCCUCCGCUUUUCAGUUGACGAGCGCGGCGAGCGCAGCACGAGGCAAACGCUCACUCCUCGAAGUCGACAGCAGCGGCCUGGCGAGCUUGUCUUUAGACGACGCGGCAGCGGCGACGAGAUCUAGUGCCCUGGAGUUUGAGCGACGGAGAUUAGAAGAAGAGGAGAUGGCGAAGGCGAUGAAGGAGGUGGAGAGGUUGCGGUUGGAGAUGCAGCGGGCGCAGGAGGGGAUUCAGUUCGGGGAGGCGCCGGAGGGAGGGACGAUGGUGGUGCGGAAAAAGAAGAAGAAGAAGGCACGGGUGGAGGGCGAUGCGGAAGAGGCUGCGAAUGGAGGCGACGGAGGGGAGGAAGUGGGCGUGGUGAAAAAGAAGAAAAAGAAAAAGAAGAUGGCCGUCGAAGAUGAUGGGCAGGAGCAGCAGCCGGAAGAGGAUGCACUCGUCGCCAAAGGAAAGCGGAAGAAGAAACGACAAGUAGUGUUCGAUGAGAAUACCGCUGCAGACUAGCUAUGUCUUCUUUCGCACCCAUUAGAUGGCGUAUAUCAUGAGGU